CCAAGAGAAGGCUCGAGAGUCUUAAAUCGCAGAGAGUCUUUUACUGACACGUUACCUUCCUUCACAGAACCUGGCUUAUUUCGUCCGGACUCAUGAAAAGGCACUCGCAAACGCGUUACAGUUACGGCGACCGCCUGCCAAGCAUGGGCAAUCUUCGAGCAUAUCAAGCACGAUCGGAAAUGGUCACCCAACACCUCGCCCCACGGGCCCAAGCUCUCAUGAACGCUCAUCGAGCACUUCAUCUUCCACAACCAGCGCCUUGACAGCAGCCUUCUCUCUCUCUUCUUUGAGUUUCUCCUCACAACCAAUAAAGCCCGCCAAGCUUUCUCUCACACCUCAUCACCUCUUUUACUUGCUUUCCCGUUUCGAAGACUUGGGUAUCUCUGUGGGCCCCAUGAAUGUCCGGCUUGAAAAUAUACACACAAGUGCUUCUCCUGGGAAUUACGUGUCUUUUCUUGGCCAGUCUCAGAGAACCAAGCGACGGAGUGCAGACCGUGAUUCAAUUCACUCCGUCUCUAGUGUGCGCAGCGUAAUGUCCUCCAUGACGUCCAUGUGGUCCAAUUUCGGGUUCAACUCCAACUCUGCAGCCAAGUCGGAGAAGGCCAAGCAAGCGAUUGAGACGGACCUCAAAUAUCUGUAUUCCGCCUUUACAAAGAUUCCAUGUCUGAGACUAUCUCCUGACUACAAGGCGCGCCUCAUUGAGGGCUAUGAGGAAUUUCCGUUUGACUCGGCAGUACCCUUGAUUGCUUUCAAAAACGUUAGUGCUCUGGAGGUUGUAGAUGUCGAUUUUCGCCAGUUCUUUGGCUGGGACCGAAUGGCCGAGCAGCUGCGCAGUCUGACUGUUAAGCGCGCAGAGCUAGACGACCCCGCCGAGCUUCUAAUUCACAUUGUACUGGAUGACGUGGAGAAGCGAAGACGGCGCUCGUCCAAAGCACAGUCGUCGCCUGUGCUUGCCUGGGUAGCACCUAGCCCCGUGUCAAAGACUGCCCAACCCGUCGGUGGCAACUCCGCUCCAGGAACACCAAAACCCGAUGAUAAAGGCGAACAUGGUGGCAGUCCUAGCGGCUCUGCCGUAGUCAGUGCUGCAUCGGAUGGCUCUAGAGGCCUUCAAUCUCCCCGCCCGAGAAGCACUUCCCCUGCUCGGCCCGUCAGCUCGAGGCACGGUUCUUCCCACGGCCAGACCAAGAUGACCGUCCCCAGAAGCAAGCGUUCCGGCUCGGGGAGCUCCACCUCUAGUGCCCGCUCAAGUCGGCCAUACCGCAGCGGAAGCUCUACGAACAUUCUUACUUCGGCGUCAAUGGGUCCCUCAAAGUGGAGGUUUCUAAAACACCUCUGCUUGGCGGACAAUUCAUUGACUGCCAUUUCCGCGUCCAGUCUUGCACCUGUUGCCGAAACACUGACCUCGUUGGAUCUGUCGUCCAACCUAUUUUCUGAGACCCCGGACAGCCUCGCGACUCUCACCUCCCUGAGAGCUCUUAAUAUGUCAAAUUGUAUGAUUGAGUCUUUGCACUCCUUGCUGAAGCAUCCGCUUCCCGCAAUUAAUGCUUUGAAUCUGCGCGGCAAUCGCCUGGCCUCUUUAGCCGGCAUUGAAAGAUUGCCCUCCUUGGAGAGACUGGACCUCCGGGACAACAAACUAACCGAUCCUACCGAACUCGCGCGGUUGACGAGUAUACCUGAGAUCCGAGAGAUUUGGGUUUUUGGCAACCCUUUUACAAAGACGCAUAGCAACUAUCGUGUGACCAUUUUCAAUCUCUUUCGAUCGUCUCCUGGCUACACUACCGACAUCAUUAUCGACUCGACGGGACCUAGCUACAGUGAGCGGCGGCACCUUAUCGACCGUGUCGCUGAAUCGUCAAAUGUGCCUGUUUUGGACCCGCCUCCUCCAGUGCACGAUAUUGAACCGGUGCAAGAGAGCAAGCCUACUGCAAAGCCGUCAGAAAUUGCGGUGAUUCAAGAGCCGCCAGCGGAGAAUCAGACAGUCACGGUCGAUGCUAAGAAGGCCUCCACUCGUCGAAAAAAGGGCCCAAAGAGAAGAAUGGUUAAUCUUUCACAGUCGAGUAGUCCGCCUAGAGCGACGCAAGAGGAAUCCAGUCCGGGCAACAUUAACAGCUCGCUUGGCCAGCUUUCUUCAGACAGAGAAGCACCGAACAAAACUUCUGUAAACGACUCUGCAACCUCUGAUAUGCCACCACAUUCCUCAAGACAACCACCUAGCCUUCAGGUGGAUCCUAGUCUAUCCGUUCCGACUGAUGGAUCAGCAUUCGAAGUACCCUCUGCAAAACCAAUGAUUUCCAAAGACACAAAGGGCUCAGACUUGAAUGGUGAGCGCUACAAGCAAAAGCUCGAAGCGCUGAAGACAGAGGUCGGCAAUGGGUGGCUUAGCGUUCUCAGCGAAGAGGGCUGGGAAAACCAAACGGGUCCCCGUAAUCAUCCGGCGGGACGAGAUUACAGUCCUGCCAGCACUAUCCGGUCCGGCCCUAGAACGCCCUUGGCUGAGGGUCAGGGAAUCACGUCUUCAGGCCGGACCCUGGGCUGAAAAGCCGAGUUGCCAUGAAUGCCGGCCGUUAGAAGCGAAUUUCUAGAAACGGAAAUAUGCUUUGUGCCGGCUACGAUGCCACGUCGAGUUCACCAAGCUUGUUUUUCACUUUUUUUACAGCUUUUGAUAUCCAUUUCUCCUUGUACAAUAUUUGAUAUUGGCUUUGUUCACAUUUACUGGGAGGGGUUUCUUGAGAUUUGACCGCUUUUCCUUUUUC